AUGCAACGUUCAAUUUCCUCAACCAAGAAUGUCUACAGUAAUCUCCUUCACUACCAGAAACCACCAACUGCCGCCAUGAUCACACGUCAGCAGCCACCUUGCGAUGUUUUCAUUAACCAUCGUGGAAUUGACACAAAGAAGAACGUCGCCGGACUUUUGUAUAAUCAUCUCACGAGGUUAAGAUUAAGGCCUUUCUUGGACAGCAAGAAUAUGAAACCAGGCGAUAAAUUGUUCAACAAAAUUGACACUGCAAUCAGCGGAUGUAAAGUUGGAGUUGCUGUUUUCUCUCCUCGGUAUUGUCAAUCCUAUUUUUGCUUGCAUGAACUGGCUCGUAUUAUGGAGGCUAAGAAGAAGGUUAUACCUGUUUUUUGUGAUGUUAAACCAUCGGAGCUUAUGAUUAAAGACAACUGGAGAUGCCCAAAACAUGAGCUAGAUAGGUUUCAGUCGGCUCUUGAAGAGGCUAAGUACACCGUGGGCAUAACUUUCGAUUCAUCGGACGGGGACUGGCCGGGAUUUUUAAUGACAGCGACCGAAGCGAUUCUGGAAAACUUGAUUGAGGUGGAAGAGGAAGAGCAACACCAAAAGUUAAUUUGA